AUGGACGUCGUGACCGCUCCGGCGCCUGAAACAAAUUCCUUAACAAUUUCCCCAAAAGGAAGUGGAGAUAUUCCUAUAGACCCCGAAGUCUCCACAAUUUCCUCACCACCACCCGCCGCAACCAACGACGACGACCCAUCUCCUCCCCCACCGGACCCAUUACCACCACCGGAACCCACACCAACUCCUGAACCACCACCCCCCGAUUCCUCACCUCCACCAUCAUCUCCUCCACCUCCUGAUCAACCGUCUUCUUCUCCACCUCCACCAGAUACCACCACCAUCUCAUCACCACCACCGCCUCCUGAUGAUGAUGAUGAUGAUGAUAAUGAUGAUUCUCUUCCUCCGCCACUAUUAAAUCCGGUCAAUGAUUCCCCACCCACCACUCCAUCUAAUUCACUACCCAAAUCGCCCCCGUCGUCUUCCGUUCCCGUCACCCCGUCUUUUCCUACGCCAAUUGACAACACCAAUCCUUCUACGCGUACGCCUCGAUCAGGCCGCGGAUCGCCGGGAAAGGGGUCCACGUUAGAAGAUCCGUCGUCGGCAGCAUCUCCUUCUACAAAUAAUAAUAAUAAUAAUGAUAACACCGUAUUGAUUGUGGCGUUAGCCGUUACAUCUGCCAUUAUUCUAACUCUGGUUAUCGUUGGAAUAAUCUGUUGCUGUAUGAGGAAGAAGAAGAAGAAACAUAUGUACUCAGUCGCUCCUGGAGGUAAAUUUUGUUCCCUGAAAUCUCAAUCGCUAUAUUUUUGA